AGUCGUGGCGAUGCGCCGCAGGGGGGAGACGAGCCAGGCGGGGCGGCGGGAGCCUCUUCCCGCUGCGUCCCGCGGCGGGCGGACUGUGCUGGGAGUGCUGGUGGAGAACGGGCAGCAGCGGCCCGGCGCACAGAAUACUAUUACCAGACACUUAUCUGGCUCUGAGAAUGCCUUGCCUCCAGCUGGAAAAGAUGAAGUAUCCAACUGUGUGGUCAGUACUACAUCAAAGCAGGACUUUGCUAUCUACAUCGAUGAACCAGAAGAGAAAGAAAACGACAGCUGCCAAGAGGAUGAAGAACUGGAAUCAAGCCUGUGUGAACUGGAUACGAGUGCAAUGACAUCCAGUAUUCACCUACUGUUGGAUCUGAGUACAGGAUCUCCCAUGCUAGUGGACACAUCCUUCCGGUGCCAGCCUGAGGAUCAGAUGGGAGAUCCUAUAACUCUAAUGACUGUGGGAGAGUAUGCAGAAGACAUUCAUCAGUAUCUCCGAGAAGCUGAAGUGAAAUACAGGCCCAAGCCCUACUACAUGAGAAAGCAACCAGAUAUCACAGCAGAAAUGCGUGCCAUCUUAGUAGACUGGCUGGUGGAAGUAGGGGAAGAAUAUAAACUUCGAACAGAGACACUGUACUUGGCGGUGAACUACCUGGACAGGUUUCUCUCUUGUAUGUCUGUUCUCAGAGGGAAGCUGCAGCUUGUAGGAACAGCGGCAAUUCUUCUGGCUGCGAAAUAUGAAGAAAUCUACCCACCAGAAGUGGAUGAAUUUGUGUAUAUAACAGAUGAUACAUAUACAAAGAGGCAGCUGCUAAGAAUGGAACACCUGCUUCUCAAGGUCUUGGCUUUCGACCUCACAGUGCCAACCAUCAACCAGUUCCUACUUCAGUACAUUCACAGGCAUAGAGUCUGUUUCAGGACAGAGAAUUUUGCAAGGUAUCUUGCAGAGCUGAGUCUCCUUGAAGCUGAUCCUUUUCUGAAGUACCUUCCCUCACAAAUUGCUGCAGCAGCCUACUGUCUAGCUAACUAUACAGUGAACAGGUCGUUCUGGCCAGAAACACUUGCUGUGUUCACUGGAUAUUCAUUAAGUGACAUUGUGCCUUGCCUGACUGACCUGCAUAAGACAUGCCUUGAUACUCCACAUUGCCAACUGCAAGCAAUUAAGGAGAAGUAUAAACAGUCUAAGUACCUGCAGGUAUCUCUUCUGGAGCCCCCAGCAGUUCUUCCUCUACACUAGAGAUGGUGGAUCCUGGACUUAGGUUUAUUUUGUCUCGAUGAACAAAGCUGGUCUAACAUCUCAUAUCUCAUAGAGCACUGCAGGUCAUGUGCCUGUAACCACAGUGAUCAGAACAGUUUUUAGCUGGUAUUUUUUAAAUAGAUGCCUUUUUAAAAAAAGGAUAUUUGACUAUAGCUCUUAAUAUAAUUGACAGCACUUUUAAUAAAUGUCUUAUUACACUC